CAAGACCGGAGGCUGGCAAGUCCAGCAGUGCACCCUCUGCCCGCCAACGGGAGGAACGAGUUGACCACGUAGUCGCAAUGCUCGGCGACAUCAGUACCUUCGCUGCACCAGCCACCAUCAGCAACCAGCUGGACACCUUGAAGACCGAGGUUCAGCAACUGCAGCUGCCUAACAAGGAUGGCAACACCACGCGGCAUUACAAGAUGCCGACAUUCCAAAUCGAGAAGUUCGAUGAUUAUACGCAUCAAGACCCGGUCCUCUGGUGGGAGGGCUUUACGACGCAACUUUGGAUCCUGUUCGUCGCCAAGCACGCGUACAUCGACGCACUGUUCCUCAACUCAAAGGGCGGAUGCCAGAUCUGGGUGAGCCACCUGGCAACCGUCCACGGCGUCGACAUCGCAGAUCUAAAAGAUAAGAUCUCUUGGGAAGAGCUAACACGACUAUGGAAUAAGCGGUUCAUCCUCACGGAAUGGCAAAAUAUCGCGGCGACGCCGGAUCUCGAAUUGCCAUUUUCGCACCUGCGCCGGGAUUUCUACAACCGCUCAUGUGCCGCCUUGAGCCUUGCACUUGGUGAUCGCGAGCAAUACGCGACCUUCGCCGAAAUCAUCGACAAGGCAAGGGAGAUCAUCAAGACCAAUAGGGCGGCUGCACACGAGAAGUCGGCAUGGCAGCCAACCUAUGUGGAGAAAGGAAAAUUUGGUCCGCGUCCGCAGCAUGUCGCUGCAGUCCACACGGACAACAUUGUGGAAGACGCGGCAGCCACCCAAGCAUCACGUGAGGGAGAUCAGGUGGCUGGUGUCCAGCCGCGAAGCAACAACAAGUCCCGAGGAAACGGGAAGGCGAAAACCGCAUCGCCGGCCGAAAACGGACAGCCAGCACCAUGGGUUAAGUUUCACAUGAGCGAGGCGGAAUACAAGUGGCACGGCCGCUACGGCUGCUGCUAUUGGUGCAACAGCACCAAGCACAAGACCUCCCAAUGCCCGGAUCAAGGCAAGGAGGAUGUUUGGCCUCGUAUCAACUUGGGAAACUGAGUUCCGGAUCACUUGCCGACGGUGUACAGGCUGCGCAUACGCAAUCUAAGUGCACGUGGCUCGACUGGUCUAGUGGUGGUACCAGCUGGGCGGCAUAAUCCUCGUACGUAGCACGAGAAUCAAUGACUAACGCAUGC